GGGCCGCCCGGCACCAUGGCGCCCCGCCUGCUGCUGCUGCAGCUGCUCCGCUCCGGGCCCCGCGGCGUGGCGGUGAGCCCGGGAGUCGUCCCCUGUCGGUCCCUGAGCACCGGCCCCGGCUCCGGCGAGUAUCUGCAGCGCAGCAUCGUGCCCACCAUGCACUACCAGGACAGCCUGCCCAGGCUGCCCAUCCCCAAACUUGAAGACACCAUGAGAAGAUACCUCAGUGCACAGAAGCCUCUCUUGGAUGAUGACCAGCUAAGGAAAACAGAACAGUGCUGUAAAAGUUUUGAAAGCGGGACUGGAAAAGAGCUUCACGAGCUGCUGGUUGCUCAGGACAAGAAGAAUAAACACACAAGCUACAUUUCAGGCCCUUGGUUUGAUAUGUAUUUAACCGCUCGAGACUCUGUCGUUUUAAACUUUAAUCCAUUCAUGGCAUUCAAUCCUGACCCGAAACCGGAGUAUAAUGACCAGCUCACCCGGGCCACCAACAUGACCGUUUCUGCCAUCCGCUUUCUGAAGACGCUCCGCGAUGGCCUUUUGGAGCCGGAAGUUUUCCACUUGAACCCUGCUAAAAGUGACACGGAUGCCUUUAAGAGAGUCAUCCGCUAUGUCCCUUCCUUUCUGUCCUGGUACGGGGCCUACCUCGUCAAUGCAUACCCUCUGGAUAUGUCCCAAUAUUUUCGCCUUUUCAACUCGACUCGAUUACCCAAACCCGGUCGGGAUGAACUCUUUACUGAUGCCAAGGCCAGACACCUCCUGGUGCUAAGGAGAGGGCAUUUCUACAUCUUCGACGUCCUGGAUCAAGACGGGAACAUUGUGAGCCCCUCCAAAAUUCAGGCCCACCUGAGGUAUAUUCUCACAGACAGCAGCCCGGUGCCCGAGUUUCCCCUGGCAUACCUGACCAGCGAGAACCGAGAUGUCUGGGCAGAGGUCCGGCAGAAGCUGGUGCACGGUGGCAACGGGCAGACCCUGGAGAAAGUCGACUCUGCUGUCUUCUGCCUCUGCCUGGACGACUUCCCCAUCAAGGACCUCGUCCACCUGUCCCAUACCAUGCUGCAUGGCGAUGGCACGAACCGCUGGUUUGACAAGUCCUUUAACCUCAUCGUCGCCAAGGAUGGCACCGCCGCGGUCCACUUCGAGCACGCUUGGGGCGACGGGGUGGCGGUCCUGAGGUUUUUCAACGAAGUCUUCAAAGACAGCACCGAGACGCCCGCCGUCACCCCCCAGAGCCGCCCGGCGGGCACCGACUCCUCUGCCGCCGUGCAAAAGCUCCGCUUCGAGCUGAGCGACGCCCUGAAGUCGGCCAUCGCCGCUGCUAAGGACAAGUUCGAGGCCACCAUGCGGACCCUGGCCAUCGACUGCUUCCAGUUUCAGCGGGGCGGCAAGGAGUUCCUGAAGAAGCAGAAGCUGAGCCCCGACGCGGUGGCCCAGCUGGCCUUCCAGAUGGCCUUCCUGCGCCAGUACGGCCAGACGGUGGCCACCUAUGAGUCCUGCAGCACGGCCGCCUUCAAGCACGGCCGCACGGAGACCAUCCGCCCGGCCUCCGUCUUCACCAAGAGGUGCUCCGAGGCCUUCGUCAGGGAGCCCUCCAGACAUAGUGCCAGCAGCCUGCAGCACAUGCUGGCAGAGUGCUCCAAGUACCACGGCCAGCUGACCAAGGAGGCAGCGAUGGGCCAGGGCUUUGACCGCCACCUGUUUGCUCUACGCCACCUGGCGGCAGCCCGAGGAAUUGCCCUGCCCGAUCUCUACCUGGACCCCGCCUAUGGGCAGAUCAACCACAACAUCCUGUCCACCAGCACCCUGAGCAGCCCAGCCGUGAACGUCGGGGGCUUUGCCCCAGUGGUCCCCGAUGGCUUUGGCAUCGCAUACGCCGUUCACGACAACUGGAUCGGCUGCAACGUGUCCUCCUACCCGGGACGUGACGCCCGGGAGUUUCUGCACUGUCUUGAGAGAUGCUUGCAAGACAUAUUUGAUGCCUUGGAAGGCAAGUCCAUCAAAACGUAGCUUCCAGGUGGGUGAGAGACACCUCUCUUUGCUUCCUCGGUUCCCGAAAGCGGGGGCCCACGUAGCCAGCAGGUGCUCCUCUGUGCCUAAGAAAACUAACCAUGCGGUGCCUAGGCAGCCUUGAACUGUAAGAGCAGCUUUAAAGCUAAACAGUGUCCUUCCUGGCCGGGGCUGAAAUCAAUCACAGUUGCAGAUCAUGAGAAACUUCCGUUUAAAAGUCCUUUGUUCAGGUCUGGCAAAAAAACUCAGGUGCAUUUAUUGUUUAAGCAGAAAUAAAACUUUAAUUGUUGCUUAGA